AUGGCUACUUCAGCUACUCCAAAGAGGGCAGUCUCUGCAAGUCAGCGGCAAAAGUCGUCAGAUGGGAGGAAGAAGCAGCAGCAAUCAUCGUUGAUGUCAUUCUUCAAGCCCGUGGCGGCCAACAAUCAACCAUCACAUCAGGACGUGACGGUUAAGUUACAAGAACAAAAACGCGGAAAUGUGCCAUUCUCGUCUCCAUUGGGGGCUAGAUCAUCCUCUUUUCAGCUGAAGUUGACCAGUGACAAGGAGAUGGAUACGCUGAUGAACGAAGGACUGGGAUCUGGUUCUGAACCGGACCAUUCCUACUCGUCAAGCAUGACUUCUCCCCAGGAACCGAGCCCGGAAAAGUUUAAAUCGGCAGCUAGAGCUACCAACGGGCGGGACACGGACGCUGUUGAGAAUACUCCAUUGAAAGAAAAGACAUCUAAUUUAAACUCUAGUCCUUUAUUGAGCCGACGCUCAAGUAAAAAGGUCAACUAUGCAGAGUCAGAUGCCGAUGACGAUGAAGACGACGAGGAUCAAGUAGUCAGUGGCACGAGAAAACGGAGGAGGAGAAAAAUUGGACCCAGCGAAAGUGAUGACAACGACGAAGUUGACUUCAAACCGCAAGACUCCUCAAGUGCUGAAGAUGGUGAUGAUGAUGACGACAACGACGAUAACAUGAGCGAUUUUGUCGUUGAUGAUGACCAGGGAUCGGAACCAGAUGACGACGAUGCUGACGAUAAGGACAUCAUAGUGAAGCCAAAAAGAAAGAAAAUGAAACCCGCCAAGGUCUUGGUAAACGAGAAGUUGCCCGAGUCUAGCUCCAGUGGCGGCAGCAGCAGAAGCACGAGCCAAAUUUCAGAAAAAUUCAGCGCAUCGUCAUCCUAUGAUGCAAUGACUGACUACAAACCCAAGCAGCUGUUCUCGUCCAAGCCGCUCACUCCUGCCAAGAGGAACUUUGCCAAGGAAAACGAAGAGCGAUAUCAGUGGUUGGUGAAUAUCAAGGACGCUGAAAAGAGGACUCCCGACCACCCGGAAUACGACCCGCGAACUCUUUAUAUCCCGCAAUCGGCUUGGUCAAAGUUUACCGCGUUUGAAAAACAGUAUUGGGAAAUCAAGUCGCAAAUGUGGGACACUGUUGUCUUUUUCAAAAAGGGCAAAUUCUACGAGUUGUAUGAAAAUGAUGCCAUGAUUGCCUCUACGAAAUUUGAUUUGAAAAUCGCUGGCGGUGGGAGAGCCAACAUGAAAUUGGCCGGUAUACCCGAGAUGUCGUUUGAAUAUUGGGCAAAAGAGUUUAUAAGCCAUGGCUAUAGAGUGGCCAAAGUCGAUCAAAAGGAAUCCAUGUUGGCUAAAGAAAUGAGAAAUGGCAGUGCUGGUGGUGGUGGUGGAAUUAAAGAGGAGAAAAUUAUCAAGAGAGAACUAACCGGCGUUUUAACUGCUGGAACCUUGACAAAUUUGGAUAUGAUCACCGACGACAUGUCCACGUAUUGCUUGAGUAUUAAGGAAUCCCAUCUUGUCGACGGCGGGAAAAUUUUUGGUGUGGCAUUUGUUGACACUGCAACGUCGGAAGUGAAUUUGAUCGAAUUGAUUGAUGACGCAGAGUGCACAAAGCUCGACACUUUAAUCACUCAAGUCAAACCGAAAGAAGUCAUUUGUGAAAAGGGAAACCUUUGCGCGAUUGCUACAAAGAUUUUGAAAUUUAGUGCUCAUUCAAACCACCAGAUCUGGAACCAGCUCAACCCAAUUACGGAGUUUUGGGAUGCGGAACUUGCCUUUGAGCACUUGGUCAAGUCAAAAUACUACGAGGCUAAGGAUUUGGAUGACGUUUCCUGUUACCCUCCAGUGUUGUUACAGUUUAAAGAAAACCAUCAAGUUGCAUUCAACGCUUUUGGUGGGUUGCUAUCCUAUUUAAAGUCUUUGAAAAUCGACAAUGGUGUCAUGAGCAUUGGCAAUAUAAAACAAUACCAGAUCUCCAUGAAUGAGAGCAAACACAUGAUCCUCGAUGGUGUUUCUUUGAACAAUUUGGAAAUCCUCAGCAACAACUACGACGGUGGCGACCAAGGGACGUUGUUUAAAUUGGUAAACCAAGCAACUACUCCAUUUGGUAAGCGCCAUUUGAAGAAAUGGAUUCUUCACCCGUUGAUGAACAUUGACGAAAUAAACGCCAGGUAUGACUCUAUAGACUAUUUGAUGGGAGACGGAGAGGAAUUGAAAAGUAUACUCAAUGCAUCCUUGUCAAACAUACCAGACUUGGAACGGUUAAUUGCCCGAGUGCAUGGCAAAACGCUCAGAUUCCGGGAUUUUCUUCGGGUGGUGGAGAGCUUUGAAAAUAUCGCCAAGUUUCUGACCCAAUUGGCUGAAUUUGCAAAUGUCGAGUGUGGUGUGUUGUACAAGUAUUUAAAAGCUUUCCCUCGGGAUAUGAGCUGUCACAUUGGUGAGUGGGAAGACGCGUUUAAUCGUGAGGAAGCCAAGUUGGACAUCAUUAUUCCCGCCAAGGGCACGGAUGCAAAAUUCGAUGAAUCGCAGGCGGUAAUCGAUGACAUUGAGGCCCAGUUGCAUCAACACUUGAAGGAGUACAAACGCACUUACAAGUCCCAGGAGAUACAAUUCCGUGACUCGGGCAAGGAAAUCUUUUUAAUCGAGAUGCCCACAAGGGUUGCCACAAAGGUUCCGAAAACUUGGGAAACUAUGGGGGCCACCUCAAAAGUCAAGAGGUAUUGGUCGCCUGAAGUCAAGCGCUUGGCAAGGAAACUUAUGGAACAAAAAGAAACCCACAAGCUGGUUUGCGACACUUUGAAGUUGAGGAUGUAUGACAAGUUCAAUGUCCACCACAAGACGUGGAUGGAUGCAAUCACCUCCAUCGCCAACAUUGAUUGUAUACUCGCAUUGACGAAAGUCUCAGAAACAAUUGGGUACCCGUCAUGCCGACCCGAGUUUAUUGAGAGUGAUCGUGGAGUAGUUGACUUUAAAGAGUUGAGACACCCAUGCUUUGUUGGCACCAAAGAGUUUAUUCCCAACGAUAUCAAGCUCGGUGGUGGUGAUGAACCCAGCUUUGGAUUGUUGACUGGUGCCAAUGCCGCGGGCAAGUCCACGGUGAUGAGAACCACGUCGCUUGCAGUGAUUUUAUGUCAAAUUGGAUGCUACAUUCCAGCUGAGCUGGCCAAGUUGACCCCUGUUGAUAAAAUUAUGACUAGGCUUGGUGCCAAUGACAAUAUCAUGCAGGGCAAAUCGACUUUUUUUGUUGAGUUGUCGGAAACGAAAAAGAUCUUGAGUAACGCUACGCCCAAAUCCUUGGUCAUUUUGGACGAGCUAGGAAGAGGUGGCUCUAGUAGCGACGGCUUUGCCGUUGCCGAGUCGGUGUUGCAUCAUCUAGCUACCCAUAUCCAAUCUAUUGGAUUCUUUGCCACCCACUACAACAGCUUGGGAGCAGCGUUUAAAACGCACCCACAAAUCAAACCGCUAAGAAUGGCCAUCGUUGUUGAUCAAAAGUCAAGAGAGAUUACAUUCUUGUAUAAAUUGGAGAACGGCACAGCGCCGGGUUCAUUUGGUAUGAAUGUUGCUUUGAUGUGUGGAAUUGCUAAAGAUAUCGUCGAGAAUGCCGAAAUUGCCGCUAUGAAGUUUGAAAAAGUAUCAAACUUGAAAAACACAAUCUCCAAGAGCGAACAAGAUGGCUUGAGCCUUGGACUUGAGAGUGAUUGCGUCUGGUACGGCGACGAUCGAAUUCAAUCCAUGGAAAAGGACAUUGUCAAGUAUGACGACUCGGUGAAAAAACUGGCCCUAGCCAAUAUCUACGCCAUGAUUGAUUGCUUAUGA